AUGUAUCACACUCUUUUAAUCUCAGCUCUGGCAGCGCUUACACACGCACACCCACAUAGACGAGCUACGGCAGCCACGAAUCUCUGUGGUGCUCCCAAUGCUCACCAGGUCAUCGACAACACACCAUGGAUCGUCUUCAGCAUGAACUACAACUACCAAGACAUCGACGGCAGCUGCUGUACCGACUACACUGGCCUCUCCACCAGCUCCUCUGGCGAACAAGUCAUUGAUUGGAAGAGUAGUUGGGACAUUGCUCAAGACAGCAAUGCAGAUCUGGUCAAGGGAUACAGCUUUGUGGGGUUGACGGAGAAUCUGGAGAAUACGAUUGAAGGCAUUGGGAGUAUUCCGGCCAACUACACGUGGAGUAAGAGCAAUACCACAGCAUACAAGGGUACGUGAUCGGUUGAGGCUGGAAUCGACGGAGCAAAGGUGAUGCUGAUCAAGAGACAGGCAAUGUGUGUUUCGACUUCAUGACCUCCCCGACCAAAGGCGACUCUACCAGCUCCUCUGCCCAGGAACUCAUGCUCUGGCUCCAAUACGUGGGUGGUCAGGUUCCGAUCGGAUAUUCCGAUGGACCCGUCGCAACCAUUACUGGACUGUACAACAAGACGUGGAAGUUGUACCAAGGCAAGAACGACAGCACCGGGAUCACCGUCAGCAGUCUCGUCGUUGACGAAGACGAUCAGUACGAUGGCUCUUUUGAGGGCGAUAUCAAGCAAUGGCUAUUGAAGAUGGUGGACCAGGGGCUGUUCGAUAACAGUGUGUAUGUCAAUGUGGGCAACGCGGGGAUGGAGCCCUUCUACGGCACGGUGGAUUUUGUCAACACACUAAGUUUGAAGAUUGUAUUGGCCUAG